AUGGCAAACUCCGAUAUCGACGAGUUUCUCCGGGCGGCAUCGACGCGUCGAUCAAGCGUCGCCCACAUUCAAGGCUCGCACGGCAGCGGCAAGAGCACGGUGGUGAUCCCCCACAUCUGGCGCGCCAUCCAGUCCGACGAGUCCGUUACCAUGGCGUACAUUCAGCCCACAAAUGCUCAGGCGAUUCUCCUCGGCAGAUUUCUACGUUCGUCCGGCGAUACCACGAUGGCGAACGGCCUUGACGAUAAGCGGCUGAAUCUCUGGAGCUUCGAAGAUGCGCUGCCCAAGAUGCUGGAUCCCGCCCAGACGUUACAUGGCAACAUGGUGGUGUGCUUAGACCUUGAUGUCGGGCCAACCGCAUACGGCGAAUUCCUGCUCGCCUGUCUGGUCGAGAAAGCCAUGCAGGUAUACAGCGCCAAAAACGGGCACGACCGCCUCAUCCUAUUCACUCUCGGCGCCAUGGAGCAUCGCUAUCCGACCAAGCUCGAGCCGUUCACAAACCCGGUCGUGAUUCAUUAUGGCGGCCACAGCAGAGCGCCUGAGCCACGUCACAUCGAAUCCCUGGAGGGUAAGCCCGUCUUCCGUAUAAUGAUGGACAUGAAAGACGCUGGCGGGGGUGUGCUGCUUGUCUUCUCUGGCAUUCCCGACUUGCGUUCCGACAUGAUGAGAGAACUGACGAACUACUAUCGCGGCACCCAACAUAGUAUGGAAGUGUACAGACUUACCACCACUAACCUCCGCAACGGGUCGUUCGUCGAGUGGAUCGACAGCCUCAAGGGAUGUGCGGUGGUCAUGGUUGAUCCGUCGAUCAACAUCUCUCUGCCGUUCCGCCAUGUCCACGCGGUGUUCUACGCCCUGGACACGCGGAGGCCGGUGCUUGACAGCUCCACGGGCUUGUUCCUCCGCCGAGAGGUGAGGUCCAGCGAACCCGAGUUCGCCGUUUAUCGAAGCCACGCCGUCCCAGCCCCGGAUGUUCCAAGUCCGCAAGUGUUAGCGGUGGGGCCGGAACCUCAGCGAACCCUAUCAGCAGUGCCCUUCCCGCACGCAUACGGUUCCGAGCUUUUGGUCCUUGCCCUCCUUGCCUUCCAGAAAUGGCCGAUCCCCGUUGACGAAAUGCCUCUGGUGCACCUCGGCGUUCCGGAUCAUGCCAAGUGGCGAGAGGCUAGCGGCUUACUUCAAGGCAUGGGCAUGCUUGUCGAGGAUAACCAAGCCGCGAGUGGCUGGCGCAUCACCUCACCCGGCCGCAGAGCCAUAUCCUGGCUUCCGCACACUAGCAACUGGCGUGUUGCCGUCCUGCUCUCGUAUGUGGAAAAGACUGCACUAGAUCUCGAAAAGCGCGUCCUGAUCCGCCUAGCGGCCAUCAUUGAGGCUGAUGUUCCCUUCGCAAUUAAACCGCCCAUGACACGGGCAUUGAUGCGGGGUCUCAAUGCGGCGGCUUGUGGCCCGGCUGCCACAAUGGUCGACUAUGGGCAUCUAUGGGUCGCGUUAUCGGUAUGGGAGGCAGUGCGGCGCCGGACAGACAACUUCGCUGACGAGUCCACGCACGGUGAUUUGAUGGCGCCCGCUGACCUAGGGGUACUGCAAGGUGGCUACGACAUAUAUAAACGAGUGGUCGCCCUGGAGAAGAUGAUGGACAUGCCCCCUGAGUCGGCCGCCUCCAUGGACAAGGCACUCACCCCUCCUGAGUUGUUCAAGGUUCAGCUGGCUCUGGCACGUGUUUGGUUGAGUAACCUAUUUUGGGUCCCCAAGAGCUGGAAACAGUCCGGGGGUGAUACGAGACUGGCAACGUGUUUUGCCAACCGUGACGCCAUUCUUAUCGACACAAUAACAGAGUCCAUCGUUAUGGAGGGCCUUGUCGAUAACCAUGGUCUCUACGCUACGGCGUUGGACAUCAUCUACGGCGAUGAGGGGCUGCGGGCCUGGAACACUGUUCUGAUCGACGGCCGCUGUCUCCGUCGGAUCCACCAACGGAUGGGGGGUGCGCCAGACAUUUACUCGGCAUUUUCGAGUGUUUAUGCACACCGUGGUCGGGACGCAAAGUAA